UACCGCAGCGGCAUCUGCGGGGCGUCGGCUGCUGGCAGAAGUCCUUCGGGAAGAUUAUUGGACUUAAUCAUGGCAAAGUAGGAUAGCAUAUAGUGAUUAGUGAGCCUUUUGUUUCAGUCAUCACCGAUCAGUGGGUGGAGGGCCGGUCGUGCAGCUGUGAUAUCUGUGCAUACCCCCGAAAAUGGCAGCUCCAGAAUUAACACCAGCACCUGUAUCACAGGAAGACUUCGACGAAUUGAAAAAGAGACUUCAGAUGAUCUUUGAUGCUGAUCCAGAGCAGUUUCACAACGAUUACUCGAUCACCCGGUUUCUGCGAGCGUUUCGGACAAUCGAUAACGCUUUCCAAGCCAUACUAAAGUGUAACAAAUGGAGGAGUGAAUAUGGAGUAAAAAAGAUCUCUCCCGACCAACCAGAUAUCAAGAAGAACCUCGAAUCAAAGAAAGCCAUGGUUCUGGGCAAUAGAGACUUUUGUGGAAGGCCCGUGGUGUACAUCCCGGCAUGCAAACACAACGUUCAAGACCGUGAUAUUGAUGAACUGACUCGGUUCAUUGUCUACAUCCUGGAAGAAGCAUGCAAAAAGUGUUUUGAAGAAGUCAUUGACAACCUGUGCAUUAUAUUUGACUUGAAAGACUUUGGCCUUAACAGCAUGGACUAUCCUCUCAUCAAGAACCUCAUCUGGCUACUUAGCAAACAUUACCCAGAGCGACUAGGUGUUUGUUUAGUUAUCAACUCUCCUUCCAUUUUCUCUGGAUGCUGGGUUGUCAUCCGUGGAUGGCUGGACGACGUGACAGCACGCAAAGUAGUCUUCAUCAACAGCCAAGAGGAGCUGGUCAAGUACAUUCAUCCAGACAUCCUACCAAACCUCUGAGACAACAGCUGGCAUAGCUUGGAGCUGCUAUUUUGUACCUACUGAACAAUCGGUGCAGAAAAACACAGUCAGGCCCCUCCGCAUGACAGACCAGCCCACAACUACUCUCCAACGGUCAUCUGUAAUGUCUAAAAAGGGAAGUUUCAGUGUGAUAAGAUAAGUGCGACAUAGAUAGACAAGGAACGUGUGCCACAAGAAGCUCCCGCUUUCAACGUUUGGCAGGCUAAAAAAUUGAAAGGCUUCAAAGGUAGCUGGAGUUAAAAUUCUCAAUCAAUGUUUUUUUUAUUCAAAAUGUCAUUUCGUCUUCUUGGGUUGUUUUGCCAUUGUUCCUAGUCCCUUGAAGCUCAGUUUCCAUUCCAAAAUUAGCUUCUGCUUUUACUGAGAACCGUUCUGCUCCAGUUCUACUCUUAAUUUGUUCCAAAUAACCAAAAACAAAUUGUUCUUGCUAUCCUGCUAUAUCUCACCAGACUUGGGGAAAUGUUACCAACAACUAGCCAACGCCAGCUUUCUUUCUUUUUUGGUUCUAUGUUCUUUUUAUUGACAGGUUUAGUCUAACUGGAACCCACUUGAGUACGCCACAUUAAUGUACCACACUUUCUUUGGGCCUCUCGAAUUUUAGCUAUGUUUACCAAUACAAGAGAUAAUUUAGUUAGAGGGCACUUUUGCUGCUAGCUAGGGUUUUCUUAACACACCACACAAAGUCUAAAUAGAUUGUAGUUAGGGUACCAGCAAUGUACACAUGGAAUUUUUGACAGUCAUAUUUCUUUUUUUUCACUGUCCAGACCCACUUGCCAUCUUCACGUUACUGUAUCUUCGACCCGUAUAUCGAAUAUGUACAUUUGUUACGGUGUACGUUAUAGGUUGACACACAUAUAGGUUGACACACCUAAUGCAGUGAAACAUAGCUGCAAUAGAAUCACAUUUUUUAAUUCAUUAUGCCUCAGUUAAUUGUGGCAAUGCAUUCAAUGCUGCUUGCGAAAAGAAAUUAAGUGUAAUUUCUAUGUCUACUACUUAAGCAGUGUUGCCCACACGAAAACAGUGAGGAGCCUAUGUAGUGCACAUCAAAAAGAAGCAUUGGUUAAGUACAAUGCUGAUGAGGUUACUCCUCCAGCCAUAUUAAUUUACUAUAUCGUAUUUUAUACUUGCCACACUACUUAAAGUCAACAGAUUGAAGAGCAUCAGAGCAUCAGAACGAUAUCCUUUGUAUGUUUGAAUUGGGCAGCUACGCGGCAACUGAUGACAAUUUUGGGUAAAGCUCGGCUCAGUUUUUUUUUGGGUCACACAACUUUGGGGAGUGUAGCUUUUGCAACAAAUGUUGUGUACAUAAUUUGUUAUAACAGACGAAAUGGCAGCUCAACCUGAGCUGAUCUGAAGAGAUUUGUAAUUCCCCUUUAUUUAUGUCUAUUAAAAUGAUGUACACAUAUCAA